UGAUUACUUCAUCUUUAUGGGUGGACCAACUGAGUUUUCGGUCGAAGGUGAUCCCUAGGAAUUUGGCGCUCUCGGUUGAGGGUAUUCUCCUACCGUGGAUGAAUAUUGCAUUCAUAGAGAUGCAAGGCUGGAUCACCGCGACCAACUUAUUACCGCGGUACUACCGCGCGGUAGCGGUAGAACCGCGUGUUAGUACCGCACGAGCUUAAACUACCACACCACCGCAUUAGUUCUCAAAUUUCCGUGCGGUAGCGGUAGUUUUCAAUGCCAUCUAGCGCUGAUAGUAAAAAACACAAUUACAAAACAACAGAUGGCAGUCUUCAACAGAUCAGUCCGAUCUUUUACGCUUUCAGACUUCAGUUCAUUGAAUCAGAGUUCAUAUUCCUAAACUUUCUAAAUUCUACAAAUUUGAAUGAAAUAUCAUGUCAGGGCGAGGAAGGCCACCCUCAGUUGCACCCCUUACAAAUAAUAAAAGAGGCACGACAGUCCAUGAUAUGUCUACCGGAAAAAAGUCAGUGUGCAGUUCAAGUUCUAAGAAAAAAAGUACUUGUGACACGGAGCAACAGGAAGGGAACAAUGAAACUGAAAGGGAGUUGCAAAGUGAAUCGUCAACUUCAGCCUCAUUGCCAUUGCCAGUUGAAGUUGUUCCACUAAGAUCUACAAACACCCAAACAUUAGAUGCAUCACGUCACUCACGAAACUCUUCGUCGUCGUCCCUUACUUCAACAUCAAGUAGUCAUAGUGUACAACAGGAUGUUCAUAUUACUCCACCUGUGACAGAAGGACAUGUCAAGAGGCUUGCCUACCCAUUAUCGUUCUUUACAUAUCAUGGACCUUCAAAGAAAGAAGGAAAUUCACUCUACACCUGCACAGUUAAGGGAUGCAAAAGAGAUAAACCGUUUUCCACCGUAGACAAUUCCAGGGGAAAUCUUCGUGCUCAUGUUAAGUCGUGUCAUAAAGAGAAGCUAGAGGAAUUCAAUGCAGCUUGCAAGGAUCUUGAUGUUAAGAAGGCAAUGACCACAGGUUUACCUAUGCCAACCAAUAACAGUGCCAAGGACAAUCAGAAUCAGUUGGAGGGAAAUGACGAAACGCAACAGAAUUCCUUAACUCAACCAAAGAUUCAUUUUUCGGGUUACAGGAAACCCUUGACACAGAAGGAAUUGGACAACUGCGUUACGAAAUAUCUUUUUCGAUGGUGUUUUGCUUGUCUACCACACUGAAACAGAAGGUUUUCGAAUGUUGGUGAAAACGUUGUCCCCCGAUGUAAAAUGAGAGGUUGGCGAUUUUUUCGGAAACCGAUUGC